AAGCACUCAUUUAGCUCUGAAACACAAUUUCUAAACAUCGCCGCCGCUCUAUGUUGUAAUUUCCAUACAUUUUCGUUUUCAGAUUCCAUUUAUCUUCUCGAGUUCCUUCUCAAACAGCAAACAGCUCUUGAUUCUACGAUUCAUUCUAUUUAUUCAUCGUAGAAUUUCAAAAUGAGGGCUAAAGUUGUGGUGUUUCCGAUCAGAGGAAGGAAUUGGUGUUUCAGCCGAUCGAUUGAUCCGUCGGCCGCCGCCGCCCAGUCAUCCACCGCUCCUUCGACAGUAAUGGAGCUCUGGAACAAGCUCUCCAGCAGUAAGCCCUCCGAGGACUCGAAAGUUGAGCUCGCCGUUGAUUUCUUCGCAAACAAGAUGAAUGGAGCCUGGACUAAGCUGGAGAAGGCGCCCCAAGGAACUUUGAAGAAUAAAAUUCAUGGGCUUGGAGUGAAGUUGUUGUCACGUGUGAAGCCGUCAGAAAUCUUCUUUAAAUCUAUUCCAAAGGAGAUUAAUAGAGUGGAUAUCGUGUAUCCAUCGAGUUUGAAUCCAAGACUUGUUCGCCGAAGACUCCGACAUCUAGCGUACAGGGGAUCUGUUAUUCAUACGAAAUACUUCUACUGCUCAGCCAUAAUGGUGCCUUUGACAUCAGUUUUCAUGGUUCUUCCUUUGCCUAACAUCCCAUUCUUUUGGAUCUCAUUCCGCGCCUAUUCUCACUGGAGAGCAUCACAGGGAAGUGAAAAGCUGAUGCACUUAGUCACUGACGCCUCCUAUCAGCCCAAUCAUUCUGAUCAGACAGCCAAAAGCGAAGAUAGUUCCUCACAAGAUAAAAAUAGUGAAAAUUCGACGACCUCGCUAUUCGUUUUUCAGCCUUCGGAGGAGCUGGAAAAGCUUAUCCAAAACAAGGAUGAUGACAGUUGUCUGAGCGAAUGUGCGAUAUCAAAGAUUUGCCAGAAAUACCAUCUUAAUGUUGCAGAUGUGAAGAAAUACAUCGAUUCAGUUUAGUCAUCAGUUUUAGUUAGUUUCUUCAGCUGCUUUUCCAGUUUAGUGAAUUCCAUUCAUUCUUGGGGAUUUUUUGGCUAGUUAACCUUUGUUUUUAUUGGUUAGAAUCCGAGCAAAUCUGUAUAUGUUUGUCGUGGAAAAAAGCAAUAAAAAUUGCCCAUUAAGGCAAAUGGUGCAAGAGGCUAGAAUCUGGGAUCAUGAAUCCUUAAUUUUGGGACAGAUACAGAAUUGUGAUUUACCAGUACAUUGUUAUGUACUUAACUUAAGAAAUGUAACUUCACAUUUGCUGUUUUCUCA